AUUGUUCAAGGUAACUUCUAAAUUACUGUUACCGAAGUUCAAAUGCCCUGCAAAAAAAUCGUUUGAUGUGCCCAAUAUCUAUGCUUCUCAAUUCCCACAAUUAGCCUCAAUAUUCAAUAAUCAUAUAACUAUAAAUAAAACAACGCCAUCUGCAUCAAUAACACCAGUUUUAUAAACUUUUGAGCCCACCAUGAAACUUGAAGAUUUUGUUAAACCAGAUCGUUUAAAUCCCUCUUGCCGUCCAACUCUGCUACGUCAUGUUUUAUCACAUUUACUCUUUCUCGUCGAAGAAGCCAACACUGGUAGAAAGAAAAAACUUUCGAUUGUUGAUUUCUACCGUCCUGUUGCUGUUGACCUGCUUUCUUUGUACGAUGUCACAGAAAAGUCCGAAGUUCGUAGAAUUUCACCUACUAUUGCUGGGUAAGUUGCAUAUUUUUAUGCUUCAUAUUUGUUGUCAAUAUACAUACAUACUAUCCGAUCAUAAACUUCAUAUCUGAGUGAUUUUUCCGAUUUGUUGAUAUCUAUUCAGUUUCUGUUUAUCCAGUUUGCAUUUAGCGAUCAUGUCCGAUGCGGGCGAUGUGGAUAAUUGCCAAUCGUGACUGAUAUUCAUAAUUUGUUCUAUAUAUAAUAUAUACUACUUAAUAUUUUGUGUUUAUGCUUUAUAUUUCUUGUCACAUUGGUUACGCUGUUUGUAAUUUGAAACUAUUACAGGAAAAUCAAAAUCAUCAAUACAAAACUUCGAGGUCUCUCAGUUAAUACGGCAAAGUCUACGAUGGACAAGUUCACCGACAGUCUAAAUGAACCUUUUGAUGUCCUACCCAAAAAGAAACUUGAAGUUGAAGCCCCUGUGCAAGUUAAUCUCAUCACUCCUGUUCUCAGUGACGUUACUACAUCAGCAUCAUUGCAAGCUUAUAUAAGCGAGGACUCGGCAAGCCAACACACUAACAUUGACCCGAGAGAUGAAAAGGAUCGUGAUUAUCAACCAGCCUCUUCCAGUUCUUCUGCUAGCACUCCGAGAGUCACGGUGUCCACUUAUCUGAACUGCAAUCUGGAUGGUAUGGCAGCUGAGUUGGAAAGAAAUUCUGCCGGCACGGAGUCGAAUGCACGCACGUUAACAUUGUUUUGCAAAGAACUUUACAAGGGUGGUCUCCUGCAGCAGCCAUAUGUUGUUCCCCGGUCAAAACUCGAAAGCAUCCGUGGAAGAGAUGGGAAAAAGAGGCUUGAAGCUCUGUCUACUCGUUCUCCGUUAGCAAUAUUCUUUGACGGAAAGGAGGAUAAGAAUAUAAGGAUGAGCCAAAAAGAUGAAAAAGGUCACAUACGACAUAGUGUGGGGAAACGGAGCCACUACUCUGUGGUAGAACAGCCUGGUGCGAUCCCUUUGGGGAUGUUUGUUCCUGAGCAAUCGACUGGUAAAGGCCUUGCUCUGGGAUUGUGUAACUACUUUGAAAGUCGAGGGAUAAGCACGGACAAAACAUUGUGUAUAGGUGGAGACAACACUAGUGUUAAUUCUGGCUAUCUGGGAGGUGCUUUUCGAGAGUUUGAGGUUCUGCUACAUCGAACACUCCAAAGAGCCCUGUGCCUCUUACACCAAGUGGAACUCCCCUUGAGAAAAUUGUACUUUCACUAUGGAGGAAGUACCAAGGCACCUGGUGACUUUGACGGACCUAUGGGGCCCUUCAUUAUGUCCAACGAACUUUGGCUGAAACCAGUUAGAGUAUUUAAAAAGAUUGGCAAAGGUUUUCCUCGACUGCCCCAAGAGACGCUGAGUAAGAUGUCAAAUGAUGCAAAACUUAUGUAUAAGUACUGCAUCACUGUCGAGACUGGUUUACACGACGAAUUCGUGUAUAACGCGAUAGGAAACUGCUCCACUGCUCGGUGGAUUACGUUUGGGGCCAGAAUCCUCCGAUUUUACAUUUCGGGGGAUCUUACCUACAACUCCCAUAUUUCGGAGUGUUUAGAGAGGAUGGUCAACUUUAUUGUAAAUGUCUAUUACAAGGUGUUUGCCAACAUCAAGAUGAAGAGCAGCUUAAUAGACGCCCCAGCCCACCUAUUUGACCAAAUACGGUUCACAAGAGAACACUGCGAACCAGCAGAGCGUAAGGUCAUAUUCGAGUCAAUACAACAGAACGGCUAUAUGGCUCAUCCCGAGAGUGUGAUACUCGCCAUGCUAGGCGAUCACAACAGAGACCAUCGAGAGAAAGGAAUAGGGAUCGUAAAGAAUAUUCGUCGUUCAGAGGAGUGGGACAAGCACGUUGAAAGAGAGUCUGGCGUUCGACGACCUAGACGAAUCCGACAUUUCAAGUGCCCGAAGAUAGUCUUCAAAUGUACGACAUAUUUUGAGAUGGUCAGAAUGAAAGUUGAGAAAGAGAACGGUCCGGUUCCAAUGAAGAUAUUCUUCCAGACGUACGACAAUGAGUGGGAGCGAGUAACGUGCCCUCCCCUCCUCUCCGUAAUGUCAAGUGCUGAACUGGAAAAGAUACGGGAAGCCCCUCUGAUAGGAGCUGCACGGAAAGAGUUUUCGGGUAGAGUAACGCACAAGCGGUACAGAACUGAUACAGACUCGACUCCAAAGUCGAAGAAAGUUAAAGAUACGCCCUUUAACAGGGAAUUAUUUAAGGAUUUCGAUUAA